UCCUAAUAAAAAUAUGUGCUGCCCUCUAUGAGCUAUACCCGUUCCAGGAUGCCCUACGUCAAAACAAUUUUGUAGGUUAGGUUUACUGUCAAAAAGAUCAACAUAAAAUAUGUAUUGAUUUUUGUCAAAGUUUUCUGCAGGCAUUGAGACUUGUGUUGGACAGUGCAUUUUUAUCUAUUGAAUGAUGAGUUUUUUCAAAAAUGAUGAAUUGACAUUUGUAUACAAACAAUAACAGUUCUUGCUUUGUACUAUAACAAGUCUGUGGAUAAACAAUAGUUGCUGGAACUAUGAGUGGCAACACUAUAGCAGCAGCUGAUAUAACUGCCCUAACUCUAGAAAUUGGCCCAUUUGAGGCUAUACAUCGAUGGAAACGUAUGCCAGAAUGUGAUGAAUUUGUAGGAGCCAGACGCAGCAAACACACUGUAGUUGCAUAUAAAGAUGCUAUAUAUGUCUUUGGAGGUGAUAAUGGUAAGAGCAUGUUGAAUGAUCUGUUGAGAUUUGAUGUGAAAGAGAAGAGUUGGGGUAGAGCUUUUGCUACUGGGUGUCCGCCAGCUCCUAGAUACCAUCAUUCUACAGUGGUGCAUAACAGCAGUAUGUAUGUGUUUGGUGGCUACACAGGCGACAUCCACUCCAAUUCAAAUCUGACAAAUAAGAAUGAUUUGUUUGAGUACAAAUUCGGCUCAGGCCAGUGGAUAGAGUGGAGAUUCACUGGCAAAACGCCAGUACCGAGGUCGGCACAUGGCGCGGCAGUCUUUGACAACAAGCUAUGGAUAUUUGCUGGAUAUGAUGGAAAUGCUAGACUGAAUGAUAUGUGGACUAUUCCAUUGACGGGUGAUCCGAGAUCCUGGGAAGAGGUUGACCAAAAAGGCGAAUGCCCACCCACAUGUUGUAAUUUCCCAGUAGCAGUUGCUAGAGACUGUAUGUUUGUCUUCAGUGGGCAAAGUGGUGCCAAAAUCACAAAUUCUCUCUUCCAAUUCAGUUUUAAGGGCAAAACGUGGACCCGAAUAUCAACGGAGCACGUGCUACGUGGUGCCCCACCGGCCCCCGCACGUCGAUAUGGGCAUACGAUGGUCGCAUACGGGGACCGGCACCUGUACGUAUUUGGUGGGGCUGCCGAUUCAGCAUUAUCCAGCGACCUACACUGCUUCGACUUGGACGCCUGCACGUGGAGCCAGGUUCGACCUGAUCAAGAAUCUAUAGUUCCUACUGGUCGUCUGUUCCAUGCGGCAGCAGUUUUGGGAGAUGCAAUGUUUGUAUUUGGAGGAACUGUAGAUAACAAUGUCCGCAGUGGUGAAAUGUACAGGUUUCAAUUCGCCAACUAUCCAAAAUGCACUUUGCAUGAUGAUUAUGGCAAAUUACUGGAAAGCAGGCAAUUUUGUGACGUAAAAUUUAUGGUAGGCCCCGAAGAGGAUAGAAUUUCAGGGCAUCUGGCUCUUGUAGCUGCCAGAUCAGCCUAUCUACGUAACAAAAUAAGGCAAGCAAAAGAGAACAGAGACAAACAUCUCGAAAGAGUUUUUGGUACGUCAAACGUCACCUUCACUGAUCUUCCCUUUUUGGAGGUAAAACUCCCAGAUGCUGAUCCUGAAGCAUUUGAAAUGGUACUAAACUACAUUUAUAUGGAUUGUAUUGAUCCUACCAAAAAAGUUAAGGAGGGCGAGGAUCCUUUCUCUAACAGAAUUGUACUCAGGAUGAUGGAUGUAUACAGACUGGCUGUGCAGUUCAACAUGGUCCGUUUGGAGCACUUGUGCGUCCAAUACUUAAAUGCGACGAUCUGUUUGAAAAACGUUUUGGUAGCACUCAGAAAUGCCGACCAACUGCAACUGGACUUCAUCAAAGAACAUUGUCUUCGGUUCAUUGUUAAAGAAAGCAACUAUAAUCAAAUUGUAAUGAGUAUUGAGUUUGAGUUUCUAGAGAGAAGCCUUAUGGUGGAGAUUAUCAGGAGGAAACAAAUGCCUUUACAAAAAGAAAAGAUUUUGGCAGAGAAUCACUUCGAUAUGGCGGGCAGCUCUUUGGAACAAGACAUGGCGAUGUUUCUACGUGUGACUGGUAACGAAUUCUGUGACAUUAUCCUGAACUUGGAUGGAAAUUUGAUUCCAGCUCAUAAAACCAUCCUGGCCGCAAGAUGCGGUUACUUCGAGGCCAUGUUUAGGUCAUUUAUGCCAGCUGAUAGCAAAGUCAACGUAUGUAAAAUCCAUUUAAUAAUACUGCCUUGCAAUUUAAAUGUGUUGAUGAACAAUUUUUGACAAAGAUUCGCAAGCUUGGGCCCCGCUGCAAAAAUGAGUAAACUAGAAUGUGGGUCAACAGGAUUGGGAAGAUGGUAAAAACAAUAUCCAGAUAGGCGAGAUGAUCCCUUCCAAAGAGGCAUUCGACUCUCUACUGCGAUAUAUCUACUAUGGAGACACUAACAUGCCUCCAGAAGACUCCCUGUACCUUUUCUCUGCGCCAUUUUUCUACGGUUUCACCAACAAUCGUUUGCAAGCCUUCUGCAAGCAGAAUCUGGAGAUGAACGUGACCUUUGAAAACGUCAUCCAAAUUCUUGAAGCCGCCGACAAAAUGCAAGCGACCGACAUGAAAAAAUACGCUUUGGAUUUAAUCGUACACCACUUUCCAAAAGUGGCGAAGUUGCCGCGUUUGAGGAUGUUGAGCAAAGAGUUGAUCCUGGAUAUUCUGGAAGUUCUGGCCGAGAGUUUGGACAUCAACAUGCGCAACGACGUGUCCAGUGGAACGCUGAACUCAGACACCUGAUUGGCGCUAAUGAAAACCGAUCUGUGCCAGUCGCUGGGGAAUAUGUCGGCGAUUUUAUUUACUGUCAUUUCUGUGAUUAUAGAUUUGAGCUUUAUUGAGAAAUUUUUUGUAGAUUUUUGAUAUAAGUUGAGCCAGUAAAUGAUUCGAACAUUCA